AUGAAUGAAGGGAUGAUUAAUCUCGAAUCUACUGCCACAACUUCCAUUGUAACUUCAACAGCUUUACCACCACCAUUAUCAACCAUUCCUACUUUUGUUUCUGUUUCUACUGUCUUGGAUGAUGAAAAUUUCAUGGUUUCGUUUGUAGAGCUUCAAUUCAAUCUAGAAGAAAAUGAUAUUCCUGAUGAACUCAUCAUGUCAAGUAAGCAUUUCAUGAUUCUGAACUCAAAGAUCAAUUAUCUUCUUCAAAUUACAGGUGAUACUGGAGGGAGAAAUUAUGUAACUGGGGUUGAGAUGGAUUAUUUGUUGAAAGAUCAACAAUCACAAUUGUGGAAUUUGAUUGAGGGUGUUGAGCAGAAACAAGAAGAACGAUUGGCUACUCAUCAAAGUGUUUUAAUUAUGAGAUGA